AUGGAAGAACUCUGUGCAGACAUUAUUCAUCCUGGUACAGUCCAGAUAAUUCUCAGAUUAUUGUCCAUCUACAGAGAGUGUUGUAUGGAUCUCAUGACCACAUCAGUAAUGAUGGACGAAGACCAGUGUCGCAGCAAAAGGAUAUUAGACUUCACCUUGGAAAUGAUCUACCUACUGAAUGGAGAGGGUUACACAGUAGUGAAGAAGACAUCUGGUGAGUAUGUGACCUGCAGUAGACAUCACGGUGUGUCAGAGGGACAGAGAGCGACCCCGAGACACAUCACUGUCCCUUCAUCUGUGUCCCUGACUACUUUAUGUGAUAAGGAGAAGAUUCUAGAAGUAACUCAGAAGAUCAUUGGUCUGCUGGCAGGAGAGGACUGUGCUGUAGUAAUGAAGAAAUCAGCUAAGAAAAACAUCGGAACGCGUAGCCACCACUUGUCCAAAGAACAAAAAGAAAGGCAAAGCUCCAUCCCCAUACCUCCACUGAUACUUCAGAAAAAGGACAAGCAAAAAUUUCUAGAAGUCUCCAAUAAGAUUAUUGAUCUGCUGACAGGAGAGAGAUGUUCCCGUCCUCCGUAUUCCACACAGGAAGAUCCCACCAUCCCUCGCCAUCAUCAGAACAAAGACCUUAUAUACGUGAAAGUUGAGGUUAAAGGGGAAGAAGUAGGGACAGAUGCGGGUGGUGAUCAACAAUCCAAGAGGAAGUUCAAGAAGAUUGUGAAAAGUGAACAGGAGGAACAUAUCAGCACAGAUGGACGUGUCCCGAAUAUUAUUGAGGGAAAUUCCGAGAAAUCGUCUAGAAAACCCCUUACUAUGAUUCCAGAUUUCCCUCACAGUGCUGAUAGACCAGCAGAUUCGUCGAUCACCAAGAAAUCUUCUUCAAGCCGUGAAUCCGUUACCACAGGCGAAACUUCAUUGUCUUGUUUGGGGUGCGGGAAAUCUUUUAGAAUGAAGUCUGAACUCCUUAUACAUCUCAGAUCUCACACCAGAGUGACCUUCACGUGUUCAGAGUGCGGGGAAUCUUUCACUGACAAAAAUGAACUUGUUACACAUCAGAGGAGUCACAAGGGUGAGCGUCCUUAUUCAUGUUCAGAGUGCGGGAAAUGUUUCACUGAGAAAAGUGUACUUCUAACACACCAGAGAAUUCACACGGGUGAGCGCCCCUUCUCUUGUACGGAGUGCGGGAAAAGUUUUGCUCAGAAAGCACACCUUCUUACCCACCGGAGAGUUCACACGGGUGAGCGUCCUUUUUCAUGUUCACACUGUGGGAAAUCUUUCUCUGGUAAAGGAAAGCUUCUUACACAUCAGAGAAGUCACACAGGUGAGCGGCCAUAUUCAUGUUCAUGGUGUGGGAAAUGUUUCUCUGUGAAAGGAAACCUUCUAACACACCAGAGAAGGCACACCGGAGAGCACCCUUUUUCAUGUUUAGAGUGUGGGAAAAGUUUCACUGACAAAAGAGCACUUUUUAAACACCAGAUAGUUCACACAGGCAAGUAUCCUUACUCAUGUUCAGAGUGCGGGAAAUGUUUCACCGAGAAAGCAUAUCUUCUUACACACCAGAGAAUUCAUACAGGUGAGCGCCCUUACUCAUGUUUAGAUUGUGGAAAAUGCUUCACUCAAAAAGGAAACCUUCUUAAACACCAAAGAAGCCACACCGGUGAGCGUCCUUUUUCAUGCACAGAGUGCGGGAAAUGCUUCAUAUUGAAAAGACACCUUUUGCUACACCAGAGAAUUCACACAGGUGAGCGUCCUUUUUCCUGCUCUGAGUGCGGAAAAUGUUUCACCGAGAAGGGAAAACUUCUUACACAUCAGAGAAUUCACACGGGGGAGCGCCCUUUUUCCUGUCCGGAGUGCGGGAAAUGUUUCACCCAGAAGGCAGAUCUUAACCGACACCAAAAAAGGCACAGGGGUGAGCGGCCAUAUUCCUGUUCAGAGUGCGGGAAAUGUUUUUCUGAGAAAAGCAGCCUUCUUUAUCACCAGAAAAUUCACUCUCGGGAGGGACCUUUUUCCUGUUCAGAGUGCGGGAAAAGUUUUAUACAUAAAGGAAAUCUAAUUAGACACCAGAAAUCGCACACCUCCGAGAUCAGUGUAGUGAAGAAAAAAUCUGGCGAGCCAUUAAUCCCCAGCAGCUCCAUCCAACAGACGUCACCCAUCACAGUGCCUCCACCUCACUGUCACUGUCUGACAACAAAGCUAAAUAUUAACAAGAAGAUUUUGGAAGCCACCAAAAAACCUGAUCUGCUGACAGGAGAGAGUGUAAAACUGGGAGAUUUGAAAGUUGAGGAUGAAGAGGAAAAGGAGACGUUGAAUGAAGACUUGAUAUAUACGACAGUUGAGGUUAAAGAGGAAGAAGAGAUAGAUGUGGGUGCCAAUCAGCAGUCUACAGAUAAGGAUGGGGAGAUUUUAAUAAGUAAACAGGAGAUUUUAUCUCCUGAUAUUGGUACAGAUGGAGGACGUCUGAGGAGCACCUUGGAGGAAGAUCUUAUUUUAACCUCUGAUGGCAAUGCAGAAGAUAAUGGCAAAGUACAAUAUUCUCCAGCAGUAGAUCGCAUCGCUCACAAUAUACACCAUCCUGAGACAUCAAUGGAUCCCUCUAAUCCUGAAGAAUCUUCUGACCAAUCACAUUCUGUUACUCCAGAUGUCCAUCGAAGGUUUCACGGUCCAGAAAGGUCAACAGAUCCACCUCAUCCCAAGGGAUCUUCUCCAGGCCAUGAAGGAGUUCACACAGCAGAGUAUUUAUUGUCGUGUUUGGGGUGCGGUAAAUCUUAUAAAACAAACUCUGAACUUCAUCUACAUCUCAGAUCUCACACCAGGGUGAUCUUUACGUGUUCUGAGUGCGGGAAAUCUUUCACUGAGAAAAAGGAACUGCUUACACACCUGAAAAUUCACGAGGCUGAAAAUGUUUACUCGUGUUCCGAGUGCGGAAAUUGGUUCACCAAGAAAGCUGCACUUAAAAGGCACCAGAAAGUACACACGGGCGAGCGUUCCCAUACGUGUUCGGAGUGUGGGGAACGCUUUUCUGAGAAAAGGACCCUCCUCAUGCAUCAGAGGAUUCACACGGGGGAGCGCCCUUUUUCCUGUCCAGAGUGUGGUAAAAGUUUCAUUCAGAAACCAGAGCUAAACCGACACGUUAAAAGUCACAAAGAAGUGCGUCGCUACACGUGCUCAGAGUGCGGAAAAUAUUUUCAUGAAAAAAUCAACCUUCUUGAUCACCAGAAUAUUCACGCUCCUGUUCAAGGUGCGGGAAGUGUUUUCGUUCAUGAAGAGAAUGAGAUGAAUAUAGUGAAAAAAACAUCUGGAGAUCCAUUACCACCCAGCAGCCGUCUUCACAGGACAUCCCCCAUCACAGUGCCUCCACCUCACUGCCUGACAACAGAGGUAACCAGUGCCAAGAAGAUUGUAGAAGUCACCAACAAGAUGAUGGUGCUGCUGACAGGAGAGGACUGUGCUGUAGUUAUAAAGACUUCAGCUGAGAAUAAUAUUGAAAGGAGAUGUCACCACGUGUCCACAAAAGAAAAAGAAAACACCACCACAGUACCUCUACCUCCCAUUCUGACACUUCAGAAAAAGGACAAGAAGAAGAUCCUAGAUGUCACCCAGAAGAUCAUUGAUCUGCUGACAGGAGAGGAAGAAAACUUGAUUUAUAUGAAAGUUGAGGUUGAAGAGGAAGAAAAGACAUAUAUGAGUACCAAUCAGAAGCUUAAAGAGGCGAAUGGGACGAUUUUAAAAAGUGAAAAGAAUUCGCCUUUUGAUAUUGGCACAGAUGGACUCUACAUCAGGAAUACCUCAGAAGAACAUCCUAUUGUGACUUCAGAUUGUAAUGCAGAAGAUAAUGGCACUUCACAAUUUUCUCCAGCAGUAAAUCCCGUUACUCAAAAUGCUCAUCUCGGACCUUUCUGUUGUGAGACAUCAAUGGAUCCCUCUAAUCCUGAGGUAUCUUCUGACCAAUCACAUUCUGUUACUCCAGAAAUCCAUCUCCAUUCUCACAGUCCAGAAGGAGCAACAGAUCCACCUAAUCCUAAGGAAUCUUCUCCAACCCGUGAUGGAGUUGACACAGGAGAAUGUUCAUUGUCAUGUUUGGGGUGCGGGAAAUCUUUUAAAACAAACUCUGAACUUCUUAUACAUCUCAGAUCUCACACCAGGGUGACCUUUACAUGUUCAGAGUGCGGGAAAUCUUUCACUGAAAAAAGUGAACUAAUUGCACACCAGAAACUUCACAAGGCUGAAAAUCCUUAUUCGUGUUCAGAGUGCGGGAAAACGUUCAUUGAGAAGAGCGCACUUAAUACGCACCAGAGAAUCCACACAGGUGAGCGCCCGUACUCAUGCCAGGAGUGCGGAAAAUGUUUUACUCAGAAAGCGCACCUCCUUAGACAUGAGAGAUGUCACAAGGGCGAGCGUCCUUUUUCCUGUCCAGAGUGUGGAAAAUCUUUCACUGACAAAAGCGUGCUGCUCAUACACCAGAGAAUCCACACAGUGAGCCUCCAAUGUUGUGAAGACCAGGGUCUACAAUACAGCGCCCAGAACGUUUUGCAUUUUUCAUCUAUCUGGUUGGAGAGAGGAGACCUUGCAGGAACUUGCAGCAGAGGAGAAGAGUAUUUAAAAGGACACAAGGACUUCUACAAGGACGUCAUGAUGGAGAAUCAGCCGCCCCUCACAUCACCGGAUGGAUCCAGUAAUGGGAACCCACCAGAGAGAUGUCCCCGUCCUCUGUAUUCCCGUGAGUCCACACAGACAUAUCACACCAUCUCAUGUAAAGUUAAAGAAGCGAUAAAAAUGGAGGAUGAAGAUGAGUUUGAUGUGAUGGAGGAGUGUACAAAAGGACACAGAGAUCCAUCCAAGGAUGUCAAAAAAGAGCCAUUCAGUGACACAAACCCACCAGAGAGAUGUCCUCGUCCUCUGUAUUUCCGGGAUUCCAAAAAGAAUAACCAAACCAUUUGUCACCAUGAUCAGAGUGAUGAACUGAAAAUUAUCAAAGUUGAGAUCAAAAAAGAAGAGGAGGAGAUGUUGGUGAGUGGAGAUCAGCAGUCUAUGGAGGAGAGGGAGAUGGUUAUGGAAAGUAAACAGGAGGAACCUUCUCUAUAUUUAGACACAAAUGGACGCCGUGUCAGGAAUUCCUCGGAGAGACGUCCUAAAUCAUCUGCAGAUUGGAACUCAAAAGAUGACGGAAUAAGACCGACUUCACCAGAAGUAAAUCCCAAUGCCCAGAAUAUCCCCAGACCUUACCAUUCAUCUACAUCAAUGGAUGUCUCUAAUCUUGAGGGAUCUUCUGAUCAAUCACAAACUAUUUCUUCAGACGUCCAGCUUAGUUCUCACAGUGCAGAAACAUCUACAGAUCCAUCUAAUCCCGGGGAGUCCUCUUUGACCCAGGAAAUGGUUCAGGCAAGUGAGAAGCCGCUCUCAUGUUUCGGGUGUGGGGCAUCUUUCAAAACAGGAUCUGAACUUAAUGUACAUCUUAGGUCUCACACCAGCGUGUCCUUUUCAUGUUCAGAGUGCGGGAAAUCUUUCACUGAGAAAAGAGAUCUUCUUACACACCAGAAUACUCACACAAGUGAGACUCAUUCAUGUUCCGUGUGUGGGAAAUGUUUCCCUGAGAAACGAGAACUUCUUAUACACCAGAAAACUCACAAAAGUGGGAACUCUUAUCCAUGUUCAGAGUGCGGGAAAUGUUUCCCUGAGGAAAAAAGACUUCUAUCCCACCAGAGAACGCACACGGGUGAUCGUCCUUAUCCAUGCACAGAGUGCGGGAAAUCCUUCACUAUGAAAAGUGUACUUCAAACACAUCUAAGAACUCACACGGGCGAACGUCCAUUUUCGUGUUCAGAGUGUGGGAAAUCUUUUGUUCAGCAAGGAAGCCUUAUUAGACACCAAAGAAGGCACAAAAACGAGUUGCCUUUCUCUUGUUCAGAGUGCGGGAAAUCUUUCCUUGAGAAAGCACAGCUGAUUGGACAUCAGAGAAGUCACACGGGCGAGCGCCCUUUUUCUUGUCAAGACUGCGGGAAGAGUUUCACUCAGAAAGCCAGCCUUCGUGCACACAAGAGAACUCACACGGGGGAGCGCCCUUUUGCGUGUUCAGAGUGCGGGAAAUGUUUCACCGAGAAAGGCGCACUUCAUGUACACCAACGGAGACACACAGGCGAACGUCCUUUUUCAUGUUCAGAGUGCGGGAGAUAUUUUCUGGAGAAAGGAACCCUUCUUAAACAUCAGAAGACUCACAAUCAGGAGGGCCCUUUUAUAUGUUCUGAGUGCGGGAAAAGUUUCACCUAUAACGGAAAUCUAAUUAGACAUCAGAGUACACACAUCUGAGGACAUGUUGACACAUAUAUGGCUGCGAUUAGCAGUUUGAACUGUUUAGUUCAUAGGAUAACUGUCCAUGGGCAUAGAUUCCACCAUCUACUUCUCUACAGCCUCAGAUGAAUGAAUGCAAAGUGCUCAGAGACUUCCCGUAAACGCUGUGUAUUUUUUUGCUUUCAUUCCACAUGUACAACAAUGUGGUGUUUUUUUGCUUUAAUAAACAUUUCUUCUGUUUUAAAAAAAAAAAAAAACAUUUAUAACAUUUGUACUUCAAUUAUAUAAGAUUUCAGUGAAGGUUUGUCUUGUAUAUUAAUCACUUCUGAUUUUCUAAAAUAAACCAGAAAGUUCUAGACUUUA